UAAAGGUCAGUAUUAAACAACGAAACGAAAUGGAAAUUGAAAGUUGCAUGAAAUAUUUAAAAGUCAACAGGAAUUUUAAUGUAAUAAUAACAAUAACUUCAUACGAAAAAUCUGUUCAAUGGAUUUUGUUGUAGAUACUUCAAUGGCAAAAACAAAAAUCCUCCCUAGCCUCUCUACUGCUAUCUCAAAAUCUCAAAGUAUGGAGGACAAGGCGUCACUAAAGGAACUGGAUCAAUGGAUAGAACAGCUAAAUGAAUGCAAGCAAUUGACAGAAAACCAAGUGAAAACGUUAUGCGAUAAGGCAAAGGAGAUCCUGACUAAAGAGUCAAACGUGCAAGAGGUGAAAUGCCCAGUAACGGUAUGCGGGGACGUCCACGGCCAGUUCCACGACCUGAUGGAGCUGUUCCGCAUCGGCGGGCGCUCGCCCGACACCAACUACCUGUUCAUGGGGGACUACGUGGACCGCGGCUACUACAGUGUGGAGACUGUCACAUUGUUAGUUGCACUAAAGGUCAGAUACCGUGAGAGAAUAACAAUCCUCCGCGGUAACCACGAAUCGCGUCAGAUCACGCAAGUGUACGGCUUCUACGACGAAUGCCUGCGCAAAUACGGCAACGCGUCCGUGUGGAAACACUUCACCGACCUGUUCGACUUCCUCCCGCUCACUGCGCUCGUCGACGGCCAGAUAUUCUGUCUCCAUGGCGGCCUCAGCCCGUCUAUUGAUACAUUGGACCAUAUUCGCGCGCUCGACCGCGUGCAGGAAGUCCCUCAUGAAGGACCCAUGUGCGAUCUUUUGUGGAGCGAUCCCGAUGAUAGAGGCGGAUGGGGUAUAUCGCCCCGUGGAGCCGGCUACACCUUCGGCCAGGACAUAUCGGAGACGUUCAACCACAGCAACGGGCUGACACUAGUGUCGCGCGCGCAUCAGCUCGUCAUGGAGGGCUACAACUGGUGCCACGACCGCAACGUCGUCACCAUCUUCUCUGCGCCCAACUAUUGCUACAGAUGUGGUAACCAAGCUGCCAUAAUGGAAUUGGAUGAUGCGCUUAAGUACUCAUUCCUGCAGUUCGACCCGGCCCCGCGGCGCGGCGAGCCGCACGUGACGCGGCGGACGCCUGAUUACUUCAUGUAGGCUGCACCCCCGGCGCACCACCAGCAGCCGCGGCGCCGCCGCCGCGCGCCGCGCCGCCCGCCCGCGCGGCCUCCCCGCGCGCACCCCGCCGCACCCCCGCCCGACCUGCUCGCCAGACUCAGCGCGCUGCAGCGAGUCGCGCACUGGCUCGCCGCCGCCGUGUGACGCUCUACCUACAUCGCGUUCACUUUAAUCGUUCAUUUCAAAAACCGCAUAAGUCAAGUUUUAUCAUACAUGCUUUUUUAGUUUUUAUGCUUUCAAUGCUUCAUCAAAGAUAUAUGUAAAAACCUGAACAAAAACCAUGUCAGUUAGUACAUUCCUUACAAAGUUCGAACACUAUAUUCAGCCCAAAAGUCCUUCGAAAUUUGUUUACUUUUGAAUUAAACCGUUUAUAUUUAGUACUUAAAAAAUAUAAUUCAGUGACUUAAGCGGUUUUCGAAAUGACCGAUUCAGUUAUACAGCACUACCACUUUAAAUCACAUCGCCUAAAUUGGUACGCGCAGAAAAGCGAAACCUUAUCAUCAUUAUGAACCUAUGGAUAAAAAAAAUAAUUAUUUAUUCAUUUGGAAAACUAACAGCUAUACAUUUUAAAUAAUUUUGACCCCAGUCUAGAUAAUUCCAAUAAGCUAGUAAAGUUUUCAUAAUUUACUUGUACAUGAUAGAUAUACUUAUUUAAUUUUGCCUCUCGUACAACAGUUAUAGGUAAGGUUUGCAGCUGCGAUCGGCAAACGAAUUAGACAUUUCCUGGUUUCAGAUGCAAACAUCUCAUACUUACAUAUAAAGGAAUUUAACCAAUAUGUUGAAACGUAAUGGUUGGACGCUCACUGCUGGACGCUGGACAUCCCUUUGUCACGCCACGGUCUUGCGCCGCCUGAAUCCAGCAGCUCGCUGUGAUUCGUUUGAUGUGUGUCAACCUAGUAACGCUGCGCUUUCCGGUGUGGUCGUCAUUAGCAAUUCUAGCAGAACCUAACGCCGAUUAGAACCAAAUGUACACCAAUAAAAUAUAGACCUUAUUGCUUCACGUUAAGAUUAUAAACACAAAAACAACAGAUACUUGCUACCUCGCUCAUAAGUCAUGGUGCGUAGCCAACAAGCAUUAGCGGACGGGCGCGGGAUUGGCUGAGAUAUUUUAGCGCCAUUCAAAAAUCACAUUUCUGCGGUAGUUACAUCGGUGUGACUUAUAAAAAGUGGUAGUGCUGUACCUACAUGUUGAUCGCACACGCCACGCGCCGCAAACCGGUGAACGACAAAACAGAAGACGCGAUACUAACAACUGUUAUUCCUAAAUAAGGGCCCACGAACUUGCGUCUAUUAAACACAACUUCAUCAUGAUUGAUUUGACAGUUGACACGGCCGCUGUUGAAGAAGCGUGCUGUAAAAUACUAUGAUUUGUCGUUCACUGCAUUUUUCUCUAUGAUGCGGUCAAAGUAAUAUUAAAUUAAACGAAUUUGUUGGUUAAUUUCAUCACCUAUGUUCCAGCUUGAAACAGAAUUUUUGUAAUAAAAAUUGUUAGGGAUUUUAUUUGUUCAGUGAUUGUACAAUAUUUAAUGUUUUGUAAUCUAACUCAAAAUGUCAGCAUGGUAUCAAUAAAUUGUUUGAAUAAUAUAUUUAUGUACUUUGGUGUGAUCGACUAUGUUUUAUCAACUAUGAAUUUUGAACUGCCUGUAUAAUAAUAUCAUACUUAUAGGUUCUUAAGUUAAAACUAGUGAUGUGUCUAAUGUUUAGUCGAUAUCUAUCGACUUUGAAUACUUGAAUAAAUUAAUUAUUUUCCCGCACAUCACUACCAUGUUUUGUGUCGAUAAACGCAUUGAAUUAUGAUUGUAAUCCAAUAAUACAAGAAAUUAAAGAUAUAUGCAGUUCUUUAGAAAUGCAUCUUUUAAAUUUUCAAUCUCAUAAUCCAUUACAAAAACAUACAAAACUACCGAAAAUAUAUUGUUUGGUAAUUUUUAUCGUUCUAAAACAAAUGUACCAAUCUUUAUUUAGCAUAUAGUUUUCGGAACUUACAUGCGAUACUGCUUAUCUUCGGUUUUGUAAAUCAUUGACGUAGUCACAUAAUGUUUAGGCGAGUAAGUCGGUUUAUAAUGUACAAUGUCGUAUCGCCACACAAAUUGUACGCCAAAAAAGCUGUAUUAUACACGGGGAACGUGGGCUGUGUGUGCAUUAAGGCGGAUUUACACAACGUCAGUAACUGGCAUGUCUACACUGAACCGGUACUGAUAUCGUUUAAAAGGCGGGUUAUUCACUGUCCAUGAUAUACGACGACGCUUAUUCUUAUGGGCGAUAGUUUUAAAACAUUGACCAUAAAACAGUAAAAUCAAGAAAAAUACUAUAAAAGCAGUACCGUGAACAUGACUACCCUCUCGCUUCAGCAUUACCGCGAACGCGCUGGUACCUAUCGAAUGGCCAUUGUACAUUCGCGGUUUUCGCGGCAACAACGAUAUGGUCCCAGUACAGCGCUGACGUGUCAGAGUUAGGCUUGGAUCUACAGAGCGUACUUUGACUUUGCUCAGACUUAAGCUUCAGUUGAAACGAGACAGCCUCAUGUCAGCAGUAUAGCGUUGUCUCGUUUUAACAGUGUCUUAGUCUAAGCAAAGUCAUAGUGCGCUCUAUAGAUUUCAACCUUAGUGUUCCGCCAAAAUUUCAAGAUGUACAUUUAGUCAGUAACUGUCGACAGUGCUGUCGCCGAGUACUGUCUCUGUGUAAGUCUGUGUGUAAAGUAUAUAUGGGUGCGUUUGUAUGUCACCUUUCGGGCGGGCGUCCGAUGUUAUAUAAAUAUAAGUCACCGCAAUUUUUAGGUUCUUGCCCCCAAUAGCCAUCAAUCAGACUGACUUGCGUUCCACCCAUUUUUUAAACUUUUUUCAUAUCUAUGGUAAAAAGUGUCAUUGUACAGGGGUGUUUAAAGCGGAAUUUACAAUAUGAAAUUAGUGUCACAGAAUUAGUUUCACAACAUUAAUUUCAUUAUACUUUCUUAAAUUCGUGCCACUAAUUUCGUAAAGUUAAUUCCGCUUUAAAGACAUAUAUUAAUUUUAAUCACUAAUUGGAAAUUAUAACUCCAUUCAAAUUCUAGUACGAUAGCCUUGACAACUCAUGCUAACCUCACUUACAAAUUAUUAACAAUAAUAUUAUUGGCAACAUAACAAAGUUGUGAAUGAGUUAGCACGACAUGUGUAUUAGCAUUUGAACGCGCUAAUAUCUCCGCCUCAUGUUCAACUUGUAACGUUAUCGCUGGAAGUACACAUAUGCAUCGGUUAUCGAAAGUGUUUCAAGCGUCAUUAAUAAUAAUGUUUUAUUUCUAGCAGCGGUGUGACGCAAGUCAGUCGGAUGGCUAGCCCGCGCUAUUAAUUAUGCUGGUAUGUUCAUGCGGACGGCGCUACCCGGUUCACUAUUGUAUGUAAACUUACGAUGUAUCAAAGACACUUAGACCUCAUUAAAAAGCGUACAUUUGCUAAAAA